AUGGCGCCGGCGAGCCGAAGAGCCAACAGCUCGUUGCCCUCGGGCUACGUCGAGGACAAGUCCAAAGGCCCCAUGCUGCGUUUUCAGGAGUCCCUCCCCCGCCUGCCAGUGCCCACCCUCGAGGAGACCGCCGCCCGCUACCUCAAGAGCCUGCACCCGCUGCUGUCGCCCGCCGAGUUCGAGCAGAGCAAGUCCGCCGUCGCAGACUUCGUCAAGCCUGGCGGCAUCGGCGCCCGCCUGCAGGAGAAGCUGAUCGCCCGGCGUGAGGACCCAAAACACAAGAACUGGAUCUACGAGUGGUGGAACGACGCCGCCUACUUGUCCUAUCGCGAUCCCGUUGUCCCCUAUGUCAGCUACUUCUACUCGCACCGCGACGAUCGCCAGAGGCGGGACCCGGCCAAGCGCGCCGCGGCCAUCAGCACCGCGGUGCUGAGCUUCAAGAAGAUGGUCGACGAGGGUACGCUCGAGCCCGAGUACAUGAAGAAGCUCCCCAUCUGCAUGGAUAGCUACCAGUGGAUGUUCAACGCCAGCAGGGUCGCCGCCAAGCCCGCGGACUUCCCAGUCAAAUAUGACCACAAGGCGAACAAGCAUCUGGUCGUCAUCCGCAAGAACAACGUCUACAAGGUCCUUCACGAGGUCGACGGAAAGCAGCUCAGCACGGCCGAGCUGGAGGCGCAGUUCAGGCGGGUGUACGAGCUGGCAGGGUCUCGUGGGCCAGCUCUCGGCGCACUGACGAGCGAGAACCGCGACAUCUGGACGGACGCGCGCGCGGUGCUACUGGAUGCCCACCCCGGCAACAAGGCCGCCCUAGAGACGGUCGAGUCGGCCUCGUUCGUGGUGUGUCUUGAUGAUGCGUCGCCCGUCACCCUCGAGGAGCGCGCACACAGCUACUGGCACGGUGAUGGGCAGAACAGGUGGUUCGACAAGCCGCUGCAGUUCAUUGUCAACGACAACGGCACCUCAGGCUUCAUGGGCGAGCACAGUAUGAUGGACGGCACACCCACCCACCGGCUGAACGACCACGUGAACAACGUCAUCUUCAACAACAAGAUUGACUUUGGCGGCCCUGAGGUCCGCUCCCACGUCCCCGAACCCUCGCCCGUGCGGUUCACUGUCACAAAAGAAGUCCAGAAGGAGAUCGACCGCGCCGUGGCUGACUUCAACUCGGUCAUCGGCCAACAUGAACUCGCCGUCCAGGCCUACCAGGGCUACGGCAAGGGCCUGAUUAAGAAGUUCAGGUGCUCUCCUGAUGCCUACGUCCAGAUGAUCAUCCAGCUGGCCUACCACAAGAUGCACGGCAAGAACAGACCCACGUACGAGAGCGCCGCGACCAGACGAUUCCAGCAGGGGCGAACCGAGACUUGCCGCACCGUCUCGGAUGCCAGCGUCGCCUGGUGCAACGCUAUGGCAGACCAUGCUGUGGAUGACAAGACCAAGGUAGAGCUCUUCCAGAAGGCCAUCGCUGGGCAUCUGGAGUACAUUACUGCCGCAAGCGAUGGCAAGGGUGUUGACCGGCACCUGUUUGGUCUGAAGAAGCUGCUGGGCCCCGGCGAGGAGCUUCCAGCCAUCUACAAGGAUCCUGCCUUUGGCUACAGCAGCUCGUGGUAUCUGUCCACGUCGCAGCUCAGCUCCGAGUACUUCAACGGGUACGGCUGGAGUCAGGUGAUCGACCAGGGAUUCGGCAUUGCCUAUAUGAUCAACGAGAACAGCAUCAACUUCAACAUCGUCUCCAAGGGCCUGGGCAGUCAGAAGAUGAGCUUCUAUUUGAACGAGGCGGCCGGCGACAUGCGUGACCUGCUUGUGCCCACGAUCGAGGCGCCUAAGGCUAAGCUGUAA